CGCGGAGGCCUUCUCAGGUCGCCUAUAUAAACCUGGCGAGCGAAGCGAGUCCGAUAUCUCUCACUACUGUCGCACACUCGCACGACGCACGUAGGACAGGCUGCAAGCUACACAGGCCGGCUAGCGCGCGGUAUAAACAGAGCCAGGCUAGCUGUGGGUCGCGUGGUACGUACGGACGCGCUUUGCCAUGGGGUUCAUCGCCAUCGGCGGCGAGGAGCUCUUGGUGACGCUUGCGCCGGUGGCCGUGUACUGGCUCUACUCCGGGAUGUACGAGGUGCUGGGGAGCAGCAAGGCCCUGGCCAAGUACAGGCUUCACUCGAGGAGGGACGAGGAGACCAAGAACAUGGCGUCCAAGAGGGACGUGGUCAAGGGCGUGCUCCUGCAGCAGGCCAUCCAGGCUGCCAUCUCAGUUGCUGUGCUCAAGCUGACAGGCGGUGAGCAAGACGGCGGCAUCGACCCCAAGUCCGGCGGUCGGAGCCAGCCGUCGACGGCGGCGGCGUCGUUCCUGGACACGGCCGCGAGGUUCGCCGUGGCCAUGGUGGUGCUGGACGCGUGGCAGUACUUCAUGCACCGGGUGAUGCACUCGAGCCGGUACAUGUACCGGCGGUUCCACUCGUGGCACCACCGCGUUGUGGCGCCCUACGCGUUCGCGGCGCAGUACAACCACCCGGUGGACGGCGUGCUCACGGAGACGCUGUCGGGCGCGGCCGCCUUCCUGGCCUCCGGGAUGGGCCCGCGCGCCGCCGCGGCCUUCUUCAUGUUCGCCACCGUGAAGGGGAUAGACGACCACUGCGGGGUGCUGGUGCCGUGGAACCCGCUCCACGCCGUCUUCCGUGACAACAACACGGCGUACCACGACGUGCACCACCAGCUCGGCGGCGGCCGCCGCAACUUCUCGCAGCCCUUCUUCGUGAUCUGGGACCGGCUGUUGGGCACGUACGCGGGCUACACCGUGGAGGAGCGCCAUGGUGGCGGCCUCCAGGUCAAGAUCAUUAAAGAUCACGCAUAGCGUAAUGUAGCGUACGUACGCAGUUGCACUUGUUGUACGCCUCGUACAUUCUAGGGCUGGUCUAUGGUUUUACAUGUAGCUUAGGUAUCUGUCAAGGCGAGCGAUACGCGCCCGUGCGCCGGCCGAAAUUUCGGCCGGUCGCACCGUGUACGUAGGAACCCCGCAAAAAAAAAAGCACCGUGUACGUAGGAUUCGCUCCGUACUAACUGCACAAUAUGCCUUUCUUCCCAACUGCUUCGCUAGCUAAAAAAACAACAGAAUUGCUAACUCACAUCUAGAUGUUUUUUAUGGAUGUCUCAUCUAAGUUUUUAACCACUGGAUCUACACGCUGUAAAUUUCGUGCAAAACCCCGAU